ACUGUUUUAACCUUGACGCUUAAAAAUGUGAUGAAGUGACACUAUUAUUCGGUUUCAGAGACGAUUGUAGCAGGUGUCCGAGUUGUACAAAUGAAGUUUAGCUAAGCUACCAGUCUGUUUUCAGGGUAAGGCGAGUUGAAAUGUACGGACGAGCUCCAAGAGUGACUUUCCUGUCAGCAGCCGGCACUUCAUCAACAGUUGGCCCGGGCUCGUACGACGUCACAACAAGCAGUCCUAAGAUAUCAGGUGGCUACGCGCCAUUCCUGACCUUGACGGACAGACAGUCAGUAUUCAGUCAGUCCGGUGAGAUUACACCAGGACCUGGACAGUAUGACUCCUCACCUGUCAAGUCAAACAUCCAUGGUGGCCGCAGUCUGCAGAACCGCUCUAAGCGUUUUGAGGAUGUAAUUUCGAAGGUUCCAGGCCCCGGGGCCUACAAUGUACUGCCUGCCUCGGGAAACAUGCUAAGGGCUGUAACGGCUAAAGCAGGACAGGCUGAGAAGCUUGGCAGGAAAACGUGUCUUCAGGCUAAAAGUCUCCGGCUGGUUCGUCAGUCAGAUAUCCCAUCCAUUCCUUCCCCGGGCCAGGCCUAUGGCUAUGAGGAAGAUGCCCUGGGUGUGCUCCUCAAGCAGCCACCCCCUCCCAGGGACACUACCCUGGGGCCAGCCUACUACAAUCCGCUGCUGUCAGAGAAGAGUUCUGCACAGAAAUAUAAAGGAGUCCACUUUGGCAACAUGACAGGGAGGAGAGGGGAGGUGACAGUGCAGGAAGGACCGGGUCCAGGACAAUAUUAUCCUGAGAUAAUCCUAGAAAUACAGUAUGAGAAUGUGAACCUUCAGAAGCAGCAGAAAGGCAGAGCUGAGCUUAUCAUCCCUCGGUACCACGAGCUGUUGCCCAAGCAAGAGGAAAAGAAGGGAGUUCCUGGUCCGGGCCAUUACCACAUCAGAAGUCAGUUUGAGCAGCCUGUGAAGUCCAGUGGUAACCAGCCAAAGGUCACCUACCCCUUCCUCUCUCAGACUGAGAGGUUUAGCUCUGCAAAAGAAUUGUCGCCCCCUGUUGGUGUGUACAAUGACCCACGCUCUGCCCUGGAGCUGCUGAAGAGGACCACAGGAGUAAAGAAAAGCCCAUUUGGCAUCACUUCAGUGCGCUUCCCUCAUAACCACAAAACAUGCUCCGCACCAGGUCCAGCGUCUUAUAAUGUGUUCCAGCAUGGUGUAGCCCAGGACAGUUUAAAAAAGGCAGUUUUAGGAAGAACCACAAAGGGAGGCUUUGGCUCCACUGCUCAACGCAACACCAUCUUCAACAACAAGAAUUUGGCAGAGGCCCCAAGUCCAUGGCAGUAUGAGACAGAGAAGAAGACAGAGGAGGACUACAAAAAACAGCACACUGCAGCUUUCAAAUCAGCCACACAACGUCUGGCAUUAUCACUCCUGGCUAAAGAUUCCCCUCCACCCAACAGCUAUAAUGUGAGUCAGACAUUUGAGAAGGCUAAUGGCCGCUCUUACUUAGAACCCCGAAAUGAAGGAGCUAAGAGACGACAGAGCUGCUUCCUCUCUGCUGCACCGCGGGAUAAUUCCUUCCUGCAACGUGACCCCACUGUACCAGGGCCUGGCCAGUACAACCCUAGUGUGAAAUCCUUCCCUCAAAUGGCUCUGAUCUCCUCCAGAGAAGAUCGAUUCAAAGUCUCCGUGAACACCAACCCUGGACCAGGCGCUUAUCAGCUGAGUCAAGGCAUCAUGAACACAGUACUGAAGGGCACCUUCAAUGUGACACUCAACAACCCUCUGGGCCCCUGCUGUUCCCCCCGUGUGGCCUCUGGCCCUUUAACAGCCCGUAAGACCAAUGAGACUGUUGCGCCCAACACCUUCAUCAGCGCCAACACUUCUUAGAGCUCUUUGUGGGUCAACGUUCAGAGGUGAAAGGCAGCAGUCUGGAGGAGGAUGACUGCUCUUUAUUCAGUGUUGCAAAGUGAAAGACCUACAAUGAAGCCUGCGUCUACAGCUGAUGGUUCCCUCAUUCCUCACUCUCAGUAAUGACAAGCUCAACACACUGAUUCAGCUGUUUUUGUGGAUUGGUUCCCUGUGUAUAAACCUCUUCGUUAAUCAAUAACAAUUAAAAAGCUAUUAGCAUGAAUAUCGCCUGAGGUCUUUCAAAAGCAUGUUACUCUUUAAAAGGACAUCUCGUCCCUCGAGUGCUUUGUUUUCUUAAAGCAGCAAUCAAAGAUCCAAUCUGACAUAAAUAAGACAAAGAUAAAAAAUGAUGGGAAGGUUUUGCGUUAUAGAUUUUACUGUGCUGCUCGUAUUGGCUUAUGACAGGAGAGCUGGGCCAGUGAUGGCACGGGAUCACAUGCUUCAAGCUUGACUUGAACUCACACAGUCGACGUCUUAACUUCUGCAGGCUGGGAUGGUCAGAAAUCAUAUUUUAUUUAAUGACAGUGAGCCAGUGCAGGAGACAAUUAGAAAAAAAAGAAUUAGAAAAGGUUUCAUAGCUAUACAUUAUUGCUUAGCAUGCAUAAAUCAUGAAGCCAUUCAUUAUGUAUAUUUGUGCUGACUACCAGAGAAACAGGUGUGAAAGUCAUAUAGAAGACUCAUAACUUAUGUUCCAGGUUUGUUGUACACUGAUAUGCUUUGCUCAUUAAUCAAAUUAGCCUCACCUUUACCCAGCAAACAUUGGUCUAACGGUGAUGUCGUGUCCCUGACCAAAAAUGGUUUGGUCGGAUGCCAAAAACUGCAGAGCGGUUAUGAAGCAGAUGGCCAGAUGGUGAUGCUGUUAGUACAUCCACUGUUGGUCCAUUCAGACCUUCUCUUAAAAACCGGGAAAUAUUAGUCAUAUAAUUUUUAAAAAAAGGAAAUGCACGUACGUUAAUAUGAUGUUGUAUUGGCGAAAGUAGGCCCAGAUGCUUCGAGCUGCAUAUCUGUCAGCUUUGCUUAAUUUGUGCUAAAUUUGUGCCAAACUUAGGCCCUUAUGUCUCUUUUUCAAGUCUUGUUGGUGCUUUUUGUGGUUGACUUUUGACGUUGGUGGCAUGUGGCCACUGGUCACUCAUCAGGGUGAGGAAAUUAUCUCACCAGUCCGUAAAGUCUUCCUUUGCAGACUUCUAGCUAGCUAGCUACUAGAAUUGGAAAGGCAUUGGAAAAUAAACUUCGUGCCACAUCAGUUCCCAGCGGGAUAUCAGGAACUGUAAUAUCCUUCGAUUCACUGGAAACUUUCCUGGACAGUGCCAUUCAGUUAGGAGGCUCUUUUUUCUAUAUUCCGAUUUGACAGAGCAGAAGACUGUAGAGAGAAA